AUGGGGCAGCACUGGCUUCCAACAUCAAGGGAGCGGGAGAAGCCACCGCAGGGCUACUGCCAGCAGAACAAGGAGGCAGAUACUUUUCGUACUCGCCGUGGUGCGCAGCUGAUGUACGUGGCGUUCCCGGGCGACAUGCUGCUGCGAAUGCUCCAGCUGUGCGUGAUGCCGCUCAUCACGUCCUCGAUCGUGGCUGCCAUCGGCGGCGUCGACCUCCGCCUGGCCGGUCGUCUGGGAAGGCGGGCCUUCAUCUACUACAUGGCGACCACGGUGAUCGCCGAGAUCGAGGGCUUGGCGCUUGUCUUUCUCAUCCGGCCCGGCGUACACUCCAGCGUGGACUUAGCCAAGGCGCCGCCCAAGAGGAUCUUCUACCUGGCCGACGCCAUCAUGGACAUCGUCAGGAACAUGAUUCCACCAAAUAUCAUAGAAGCUGCCCUUUAUUCCUGGUCCACCAAGGCGAUAAUUCCAGUUCCGCCAGAUGACAACUCGAGCAACAUCACCGAGGAGGAGCCGGAGUUCGUGGUGGAGCGCGCCCAGGGCACCAACGUGCUCGGCCUUCUGGUGUUCGCCGUCUUCGUGGGCGCCAUCAUCGCGUCCACCGGCGAGCGAAACCGGCCCAUGCACGACCUGGUCGUCAGCAUCACCGACAUCAUGAUGAGCCUCAUACGAAUCAUCAUGUGGUACUGCCCGGCAGGUGUAGGAUUCCUGAUUGCACACCGCAUUCUUGCCACGGGCGAUCUGGGCCGCGUGCUGUCACAACUGGGCCUCUACGUGGUCACCGUGCUCACGGGGCUUGCCGUCCACUUGUUCGUCGUGCUGACCGCCGUGUACCUGCUGUUCGUGCGUCGAGGCCUCGGCUCCUUCGCCAGGGCCAUGAUCACCCCCGCCCUAAUGGCCAUCAGCACUUCCUCGAGGCACGCUCCCCGAUUUCCUGCUCGGCUGGAACACGCCACCUCCACUUGCCCCUCGUCCAUAAAAAUGCCCAGUUCGGCGACAAUCCCCGUGACUAUAGCGACGCUGGAGGACCGCGUUAUGCUGGACCCGCGGGUGGUGCGCUUCAUGGUGCCCGUCGGCGCCACGGUCAAUAUGGAUGGCGCGGCACUAUACGAGGCCGUGUCCGCCGUCUUCCUGGCACAGCUGCACGGCGUCGACAUGGACAUUGGCCGAGUACUGGCCGUCAGCGUGACUGCCACGGUGGCCAGCGUGGGUGCAGCGGGUAUCCCAGGAGGGGGCCUGGUGACCAUGGUGAUUGUCCUGCAGGCCGUCGGGCUGCCAGCCGAGGACAUCGGACUCAUCGCCACUGUCGACUGGUUUCUCGACCGCUUCCGAACGGUGGUGAACGUGAUGGGCGACUGCGUGGGCGCUGCCGUGGUUCAUCAUUUGAGCCACGCCGACCUCAAAGUGACGGCGCACAGCGAGGACGAAGACGGCAUGUCGCUCGCCAUCCGCCCCAAGGCCUUCGUGUGACCCCGGCAGGCCGGGCCUCGACGUUCUCGCGAAUCGGUUUCUGUCGCAGUGCUAUUAAAAUCUCGCAUCCAACCGGAAUUUGGCAUUACGUUGUAUAGUGCAGGUCGCAAGAGACUCGCGUUUGGUGCAACGAGAGGCCAGCAAAGUCUGGUAAGGACGCGAGCGUGCUCUUUAGGCCGCAGAGCAAACGAUUCUAAUUUUUAAACAUUCAAGUAGAAC